CUCAAUGCUUCUGAGUUCUGAUCAUAUUCUUCUGCCACGGAAGGGGUUGCAAAGAGAUGGAUACACUGCACUUGGUUUUUGUUGUGCCAUGUGUUAUCAGCUUCUUUCUUUUGCUCUUUCCAAAUGGUUUUUCCCUUGCUGAUACCAACAUGAAAGCAGGUUCUCAAUGCUCAGAAACUGAUUAUUCUGUCAGUGAAGGCACAGCAUUUCAGGCCAAUCUGAGAAGUUUGUUGGAUUCUCUUGCUUCUAAUGUGGUGGAACACCAUGGCUUUUACCAAACCAUAGUAGGAAAAAAGGGCAACAAGGUUUAUGGUUCAGUGUUAUGUAGAGGGGACAUAUCUGCUGGCAAUUGUUCUGAUUGCACCGUUAAUUCUACAAGAGCGGCCUCAAAUGAUUGUCCUAUGAGCAAAGAUGUUUCAAUUUGGUUUAGGUGGUGUUUCCUAAGGUACUCCAAUGAGAGCUUCUUUGGAAAUAUGCAACCAACAGCUGUGGCAAUCACAAAUGAGACUGAUUUUGAUGACCCUUCUGUGGUAUCUGAAGGGCUUCCCUUCAUGAGUGGAGUAGCAGCUGUGGCUCCAGAAAAGUCAUUCAUGUUCCAUACAGAAGUGUUGAACUUGAACACUAGUCAAAGUGGGAAGAAGAGGUAUGGCAUGGCUCAAUGCACAAGGGAUAUCAGCAGAGGGGACUGCAGAAGGUGUUUGGAUGAUCAAUUGGACAACUUCAGAACUUUAAUUGGAAACAAAAGAAGAUGGGAAAUUUAUGGAUCUAAUUGUUUCAUGUGGUACAAUGAUUAUCAGUUUUAUUCUAAUGCCUCUACUCUUCUAAGUGCUGCUUGGAGGCCCCCUUCUUGCUCAAGAUUAAUAAUUGGCAUGAUUGUUGCUGUCUCAGCAGACCUUUUGAUGCUUUUUUAAAUCUUGCCGCUAUUUUAUAAUAUCUUUUACAAUGUCAAGAAUCUGCAACUGGUCAUUAUUUAAUUCAAUUUUCAUUAUCUCUUCUGAGGAACUUGGUUUUUUGACACUUGUUUUAGGAGUGGAGGUGUAUUUGUGCUGGUAAACUUUUCUCUUUGCCUAUAUAUAUCCAUUAUUUAUUUGUUUCUC